CGUGGGCCACGUGCACGCAGCAGACCGCAGGAAUUUGUGUGGUCCGCGCCUCACUUCCACGACGCUCCAGCGGCAUCCGCCACUUCGUCGUCGUCGUCGCACGGAUUGGCAUUGGCUGCCCCCCGGCCCUGUUCCUCGUCCUCCUCAUCAAUUCCCGUCUCUCAGUCCUCCCAAUAAUGGUGGCGUGGUGAGAAAUCCUUCCGUCCGGCCGUCGUCUUAGAAGAUGAACUGUUCCUCUUGCUGCGCCGCUGCCACUCCAUCUUCUCCGGCGCUUCUCGCCAGGCCGCGGGGGGGUUUAGCUGCUAGCUGCUCCACGACGACAGCAAAUCAGAAGGUGCUUUUCCUGGGCUCAAAACAGUUUCCACGGAUCACGUAUAGCCGUGCGUCGUCACGGUUGUCGCGGAGAGAGGUAAUAGCUUUUGCCGGGCAACAACCUUGGGACAUCGGCAGAUUUGUCAAGACGCUGUAUUUCUUCAACGGGCCUCCAAACCUUCUCAAGAUUGUAGAAUCUAUCAUCAGCAGUUUCACUGGACCUGCUUCUAGUGAAGUGCCAAAGAAAAUGGAAACGUCGGAUGUGGUGCUGGUUACUGGAGCCACCGGUGGUGUUGGGCGACGGGUGGUGGACGUCCUGCAGAAGAAGGGAGUACCUGUUCGAGUAUUGGCUAGAAAUGUAGACAAGGCAAGGAGCAUGUUGGGGCCGGAUGUACCUCUGAUCAUAGGAGAUGUUACGAAGGAAGAUACACUUGAUCCUAAGCUAUUCAAAGGGAUAAAAAAAGUAGUCAAUGCAGUCUCUGUCAUAGUGGGGCCAAAGGAAGGUGAUACGCCAGACAGGCAGAAGUACAAACAAGGCAUCAAAUUUUUCGAACCUGAGAUCAAGGGACCUUCACCUGAAAUGGUUGAGUACAUCGGAAUGCAAAACUUGAUUAAUGCCAUAAAGAGUAGUGUUGGACUGAGUGAAGGGAAACUGCUAUUUGGUUUCAAAGCUAGCACAAUAAUCUCAUUUUUAGGCAACUUAUCUGGAGAGAUUGUGUGGGGAGCUCUUGAUGACGUUGUGAUGGGUGGUGUUAGUGAAAGUACAUUCCAAAUCUUGCCAACAGGAAGUGAAAGUAGUGGACCAACUGGGUUGUUCAAAGGGACUGUAUCUACUUCAAAUAAUGGUGGGUUUACUAGUAUAAGGACAAAGAAUUUUACUGUGCCAGAGGACCUGUCAGCAUAUGAUGGUAUUGAGUUACGAGUUAAUGGUGAUGGGCGACGGUAUAAACUCAUUAUACGGACUAGCUAUGAAUGGGAUACUGUUGGCUAUACAGCAAGUUUUAACACAACUAAGGGGGGAUGGCAAAGUGUUAAAGUACCUUUCUCUUCUCUGAAACCUGUAUUCCGUGCUCGUACUGUGACUGAUGCUCCACCCUUCGAUGCAAGCAACAUUACUUCACUACAACUCAUGUUUAGCAAAUUUGAAUACGAUGGAAUACUCAACCCAACAUUUACUGAAGGUCCGUUUGAGCUUCCUUUUUCGAGUAUUAGAGCAUACAUCAAUGAGCCGAUCACUCCAAGGUUCGUUCAUGUGAGUUCUGCGGGAGUUACAAGACCUGAAAGACCGGGGUUAGAUUUAAGCAAGCAGCCACCUGCUGUUCGAUUGAACAAAGAGCUUGGCUCCAUUUUAACUUUUAAGUUGAAGGGAGAGGAUUUAAUUCGGGAAAGCGGUAUUCCGUACACUAUUGUAAGGCCAUGUGCAUUAACUGAGGAACCAGCUGGAGCCGAUCUCAUGUUUGACCAGGGGGACAACAUCACAGGAAAGAUAUCAAGGGAAGAAGUUGCCCGUAUUUGUGUAGCAGCUCUGGCAAGCCCAGAUGCUGUGGGCAAAACUUUCGAGGUCAAGAGCACUGUUCCAUUCAGCGAACCGUAUGUGAUUGACCCUGCAAAUCCUCCUCCUGAAAAGGACUAUGAAGUAUAUUUCAAAGAACUCAAAGAAGGCAUCACGGGUAAAGAGGCGUUAGAGGCAACACCUGCUCAAGUUUGAAGAUGUCGUUGAAUUAAGAAUUUCGUCUGUUUUCUUAAAUUCUGACACAGUAACCCCCACUCUGAAUGUCUAAAGUCAUCUAGAAACAUAGAUGACACUAAUGCUAAAUUUUGUAGCUGAAGAUCAGACCAAUAAAUAUUCCCAAGAACACAUUACUGUUAGGUUGGGGGAUCAUUAAACUCGAGCUAAGACACAAAUAUGUAGAUGAAAUUAGUGCUGCUGUUCAUGCCUUCGUUGGAGUUAGCCAUUACAGGACACAAGAAUUUAGUAAGAGGUUUGGUAAACCUUUUCCAGUGCAGGAGCAGCUGCCUGAUGAGUUGGUAGAGUGGUUGCUUUCAGUCAAUUCUCUAGGGUGCCUAUCUCUAUUUAACUUGAUGCUGCACACUGGGGGCUCCCUUCAGUCAAAAGCUGAGGCAGGUUUAGGAUGCCCUUGCUCCUGAUCAAGGCACAGGACAGCCCUCUGAAUUGUACUAUUGUUUCUUUA